GGUUGGUGUCAUGGAUUCAUGCUGUAGACACUAAAUCCUGAUCAUCUACAUCAUGGUACAGAAAUCAUGAUUCAUCAGACCAGACAUUCUGUUUCUAAUCUUCAAUUCUACAAUUUCCAUCAGCCACUUAGACAAGCUCAUACUGAACCAUUACUAUCACAGUGCAGGUGUAAGAUAAAUAGAUAAGCCUGUAAUUAACUGAGCGCUUAAGUACAGAAAUGAUGAUAUUAGUUAGAAUUGCAGAAUUUUCUCCUUCAUGGUCCUGACUUUAGGUGGACAGGAGAUAAACAGUAAAGUGGAACCACUAAAUGAGAAAAUGGACCAGAAUCUCUUACUCCAACAAGAGAGUACAGACCUUUAAUAACAUCCAACUUAUUAACAUAUUUAUGUCAUGUUCUGUUUCUGUUUCCUUUUUAGUGCUGAUUUCACUUAUACCAGUGGCCCAGGCUCAAGGGAGUCCUAAAGCUGUGGUGUCCAUAAAGCCUGAUACACAUGUGUUCAUUGGAGAGAUUGUUACUGUCAGAUGUGACAUACAGGGAGGAGGAGACACUCAGGGGACUUACAGCUGGAAGCUAAUUAAUAGUGAAGAUGGAAGAGAGAGAUUCUCCACAGACAACACAAAGCAGGUCGUCAAAAUCCAGUCUGUUAAAGACAGUGGUACCUACACCUGCAGUAUAAAGGGGAGAGACUCUCAGAGCUCAGAGAUCAGUGAUGCUGUUACACUGACUGUAUCAGCAAAACCCAAAGCGACUGUGAGAGUGAAUCCUCAGAGCUCCGUCUACACUGGAGACACCGUCACUCUGAGCUGUGAGCUGCAGCAGGGGACUGGAUGGGUGUUUGACUGGUACAAAAAUAAUCAGCCACAGAAUCUGAACAGUGAACAAGAGAACACACUUAAAGUGACAGUCGAUAAUGCAGGAGAAACAGAAUACCAGUGUCGGGCAUCUAGGCUGAACUUCGGCGACUACGGUGACACUCGCUUCUACUACACAGACCUGAGUGAUCCGGUCAAGAUUACUGUGAGCGCAAAACCCAAACUGACUGUGAGAGUGAAUCCUCAGAGCUCCGUCUACACUGGAGACACCGUCACUCUGAGCUGUGAGCUGCAGCAGGAGACUGGAUGGGAGUUUCACUGGUACAGAAAUAAUCAGUUACAGAAUCUGAACAGAGAACAAGCAAACACACUUAAAGUGACAGUCGAUAAUGCAGGAGAAACAGAGUACCGGUGUCGGGCAAACAGGAUAAACAACAGCUACUACUACUUCACAGAGUUCAGUGAUCCUGUCAAGAUUACAGUGAAAGGUAUGUCAUGA